AUGGACUGUGCCUUGCAGGGCUCCGGAACCGUGGGACUGUGGGGGUGGCUGACGCUGCUGCUGCUGGUGGCCUGCGCUGCACGGGCCUCUGAGAUCACUUUCGAGCUGCCUGACAACGCCAGGCAAUGUUUCUACGAGGAGAUUAUCCAGGGCACUAAGUGCACUCUCGAGUUUCAGGUGAUCACUGGAGGUCAUUAUGAUGUUGACUGUCAGUUGGAAGGUCCUGAUGGUGCAGUAUUAUACAAAGAGAUGAAGAAACAAUAUGAUAGUUUCACAUUUAUUGCAUCUAGAAAUGGAACAUACAAAUUCUGCUUCAGCAAUGAGUUCUCUACUUUCACACACAAAACUGUGUACUUUGAUUUCCAGGUUGGAGAAGAUCCACCACUGUUUCCUAGUGAGAACAGAGCAACAGCACUUACUCAGAUGGAGUCUGCAUGUGUUUCAAUUCAUGAAGCUUUAAAGUCUGUCAUUGAUUAUCAGACUCAUUUCCGGUUGAGAGAAGCACAAGGCCGCAGCAGAGCAGAGGAUUUAAACACAAGAGUCACCUAUUGGUCAAUAGGGGAAGCAAUCAUUCUUCUUGUAAUUAGUAUUGGACAGGUAUUUCUCCUCAAAAGCUUCUUCUCAGAUAAAAGAAUCAUAACAACCCAUUUUGGAUCAUAA